CGGCAUGACAGGCUGUGGUAUCAAGCCAACAAGACAAGAAAUUUGACUAAGGCAUGGUGACUAGCUGUGGUGGCCACCCAACUAGGUACCAAACAGCCAUGGAUGGAUCAACCAUGAUGCCAAGCUCAGCCUUUAUGGGGCCAUAUGGAGACGAAGUCCAAAGACGGGCUUGGUAGCACCUUAACGGGGUACCAAACCGGCAAGGUACAACUUGCCAACUUGACGAAGCUACAAAAACUAAGUAUGGGGACCAAGCCGGCAAGCGUAGCUUGGUAAUACGAGCCGACAUAACUGGCUUGAUGGCAGGGGUAUCAAGCCAGAGAAACAACAAAAGCAGGAGCAAGAAAGGGAAAUAAAACUAUGUGUGGAGUCUAGGGGCUGCCAAGGGUAUGGUUGAGACUUCAUCAUGGAGGCAAGGUUGAGGGCUUCAACCUCAUCCAGUCAAGACAAGGCGACAAGACCAAUACCAAUUCGGUUGGGCGUCGAGGGCAUCAAAUACCAACCAGUCAACAAGACGGGUCAAUAAGCUCCAAGGCAAUGGAGGUGAAGACCAAGACAACGGUUACCAAUUGGCCACCAAGGCAACGAAAAGGGGUCCCUAAGGCGAUUGGAGCAACAAGCCGGCUAGCAGUUACCAAGGCGGUUACCAAGACAGCUACUCCUAGUGGCUAUAAAUAGGAGAAACGAAGAUGGGAAAAGGGUUCCAUAACCAAACAUUUGACGCACGAUGUCAAAAUUUAUCUUUUCUCUGCAACUUACCUUUUAGUUUUUCAGAGCUCUCACUGAACCUCCAUAGGAGUAGAGUAACGUAACUUAGCUUGUUCCCAAAAAAACCAUCUAAAACAUCAAACACCCUCGUUCGAACAUUUUUCGGAGAGGAGUGAAUCAUAUUAUUAAUCGUUGUUCCAGAAGUCAAGGUGCAUUCAUUGAGUUCAAACACCAGAUUUUCCUACCCGAAAAACAAAUUGGCACAUCUGGUGGGACACUGUGUGUUUGAUUUGAUGGCUCCACGACUGAGAGAACAAGAAUGUGAUCUUUCACCUGGGUUUGUAAUAGAGGUAGUGGCAAUGUAUGAUCUUGGUCAAUUAUCAAAAAGUGACGUCGGAAACAAUGGUAAGGCAAGAGGCCAACCAUCACUGGCGCCAUGUUUGGGUGUAACCGCCACCACCUUGUCUCUCCACUAGUCACUGCUGGUAGAAAUAAAACUAAUGGAGCAGGCUAUGGUGGGAUACACCAAACAAAUGGUAUCUCAACUUGAUUGUUUCCAUACUCGCAUAAAUCGACGUUUGGAUCAACUGAAUGAGAUCUGCGAGAUAAAUAAAAAUUAUUUUAAGGAGUGUCGUCAACUUUUGAUAAAUCCAAUGUUGAGAUCAAAGGUUUUGGCGGAAGAUGGUGUAGAUCCACCGUCAAACAUUGCUACUGGGUAUACGAGUAAUCUAGACUCCGGUGGCCGGACUACUCAGCCACGGUCAGAGAACUCAUCGUCUCCAAUGGAAAGUCAACUAUCUCUUCAACAUGGUGGUUGUGGCGAGAAUCUCGAUCCCAUGUUCACCACUCAUGUAAAGUAAUUGCAUGUGCAGACAGUUACUUUAAAAGCCGUCUCAGAGGCUAGACCAUGCUUGAACAUGAGAGUUCGUGGAGGGUCAUUAGCUAUGGGUGUGCUACCGCAAGCUUACCCAACCUCGAUGUCAUCCAUGCUUAAGCGGCCUGGUGGAUGCAACCCGCCAGGGGGGCAUGCAGAGGGACAUGGAAGUCUACCACCUGACAAGGUGAAAUGUCAGGUUGGGGGGCAAGAUGAUUUCGGUAAAACUGGAGAAAUGGCAUUGCCUAAGAGCACACCACGGGUUUCGUCUAAGUGUGGCAAAGGGAGCAUGUCACCAACUAUAAGCAGUGGGUUGACAAUUUUUCCCAAGAAACUACAACAAGCCCAAUCCACAUGUGUUUCUAGUAAAAGUACUAGUGUGACCCAGUGUGGCAAGGGGGGCAUGUCAGUGACCAUGAACAAUGGCAUGGGAUGCAUGUCUCCAUAUCCAUGCAGUGGACAGGGGGGCAUGUCAUCAUAUGUGAAGAAAAGAGUGAGGGGUAAUUCAAAGAGUGUGCGACCCAUCCAAGCCACUCAAAAAUUGUCCAAGUAUGAGAGUGUGUUAAGGGAUGGACAAAGAAGCAAGUCUAUGUUUAAUAGCCCUCAUGGCAUACCAAACAUGAACGGCAGACAAGAGGGCAUGAAUAAGACAUCUCGGCAUGCAACAAACAAACAUGGUCCUACAAAGGACCAGAGGUUGUUAGCUGCUACGUGUAGAAGUCAGUAAGGCAUAAGGUUUGAACAGAGCCAAGUUGAACAUAGGAGUGGUCAUCAACUCAUUAAGCCCAAACACUCGUCUUCCCAACCAUGUGGGAAGAGUAAGCAUGUGUCAAGUUGGAGGGAAUUAAGGCAGAAAACAACUUGUGGUCCCUUUGAUGGGUUAAAAGAGUUGAGAAAUGCUAUUGUACCAUAUGGAAUGAGGCAAGCACAUCAGGUUCAACAUCAACCCAACAUGUCUAGUAAGGUGGCUAAGGUAGAGGAUCAUGAGACCCCCUACGAGGCCACAAAGGCAAUACAAGUUGUCCGGGUACCAUCCAUGGUUGAGUUGGAAAAUUCAAAGCCAACUGAUAAGGAGCCAUUUCUUUCUAAGGAGAGUAGACAUGUGAUCUACGGAUGGCUUAUAUGGUGUAAUACAUGGACUUGGCAGUGGGAGUACACAUUUGGCACAUUAGUGGUUGCCAAAGGGCAUGGAAACUAGUGACUUCUGCCACUCCUUACUAAAAUAAUUGUAUAAUAAAAAAAAUACUAUUAAAAUAAGAGAAUUAAAAAAGAAGAUCACAAGCCAACCAUGGCUAAAAAAAAUUAUAGAGAGAAAAGUUGAGUUAGAGUUGUAGAGGUGAAGACCUUGCCACGACUGGUAAACAACCAGCAAGGUGGUUGGGUCAAUGGAGCCCUCUACGCUCGUUUGAUUAGUGGGUACACCUUGCCACUUCAUGGCAUGAGUAGCUGACUAGGUGUUUGGCAUGGAUCGUUUACCUUCCGCGCCACCAUUCGAGGGAUACCUACUUGCUGAAAGAGGAUGGGGUGCUACAUUAUCGAUCGAUGAGUGACAUGUAUCUCAAAUCUUAUGUCAUUUCUCUUUCGGACAUGGACUGUCAGCGGGUUCAAUGUUAAUCGGCCAACAUGAUUGCAGCCAUGUCGAGCCUCUCACACCCUAAGACAUGGCAUGAUACCCUUUUAAUGAUGUAUGGUUUGAGUAGUUAGUCAGGACACAGAAAAAUAUGUUUAAGUUAGAAGUAUGGUAUUGAUUGCGGAGGCCGUGAAGCCAAGUGGAUUGACGCAAUGAAAAGAAAUCCCUCAUGAUUAUAAAGGGAAAAAAGUGUGAUUUUCUGGCAAUAAGGUCUGAGUGACCGAGUCUAUGGAGGCAAAGGAAACUGAAAAAGCAAGUUCUCGUCGGUCUUGUUGCAGUAUUGAUGAGUUUCUCCCGUUUUUGUUUUGCUUGGUCCCGUUGAGGUCUCGUGUUGGGAUUAAAGGCGAAGAGGUUAUUUGUUCUCCAGGCCAAGAGGGUAGUUCAAAAGAUGGUUGCUUGCCUGUUACCGAUUUGAUAAGGAAGAGGUGAACAAAGCACAAUAAAGGCUUAACAAGGCUCGGCUGUAGAUAGCUAGCCGAGCCAGGGAGGGAUUCGUUGGUUACAAUGGCAUGGUCAUGUACUUUGUUUUGGCCAAAUUGGUUACGUAGCUAAAGAAGGAGGUUGAGUUAAUUACUUAAUCAAGUAUGUUUUCUAAAGUGGCGAAGCAGUGGUGGAAUACUUGUGGGACGUGUGUGGCAUUGUGAUUAAAGCACCGAUUUGAUAAGGAAGAGGUGAACAAAGCACAAUAAAGGCUUAACAAGGCUCGGCUGUAGAUAGCUAGCCGAGCCAGGGAGGGAUUCGUUGGUUACAAUGGCAUGGUCAUGUACUUUGUUUUGGCCAAAUUGGUUACGUAGCUAAAGAAGGAGGUUGAGUUAAUUACUUAAUCAAGUAUGUUUUCUAAAGUGGCGAAGCAGUGGUGGAAUACUUGUGGGACGUGUGUGGCAUUGUGAUUAAAGCCACAAUUUGAUU